AUGCCUCCAUUAAUAAUAUCAGUGGCUGGUUUAAUGUUAGCCGGUUGGCUUUUAGAUGUUGUUCAACAUUGGCCAGUUUUUAAUAAAAUACCUGAAUUGUUUAUUUUGGUUCCUGUAUUACUAAAUCUAAAAGGAAACCUUGAAAUGAAUUUGGCGUCACGUUUAUCUACUUCGCUCGCUUUAAAUCCAUUCCAAUUGUAA